AUGAGUGGAAAAGAUACAUCUGUGGUGAGUGAUUUAAUGCUUGACCGCCUCACGGAACAUCUUCGUGAGCCUCCUGUUCCACCCAACGUGCCGGUGUACGCCCUGCCAGACCAGCCGUACCUUGAAGCUACUGUGUUGCCGCUGCUGCUGCGGGGGCUGGAGGAGGUGGCGAAGGCGCGACCGGUCGAUCCAUUAGCGUUCCUUGCUGCGUAUCUGCUGAGCAACAACCUGCAAAGGGGCUCACACCCACUGCUUGGAGACAAUGGGCGUCUGGCGCCGCUUCAGGAAAUUCCACAACGAGCGACCGAUAUUAUAAGCCGUGCGCCUCGUGCAAAUGCGUCGCAAGUGAAAUUGUGA